AUGUCUUUCUUUUAUCGCUGGUUCGGUCCCCUGUACGAUGCUAUUCUAUGUCCAGGUCUCCCUUUCAGUUUUCGCUGGCGCCUUCUUGCAUUACAGCCCGUAGUAUUCCUUACAAAUGCAAUUCAAUAUUGGCGCGGCAUACGCUCGAAACAUCCCAAGACCACUAUCUGGAUUCCCUUGAGGCGUGCCCCGGGUCACUCUGUUCGCGCUAUUGUAUACCACCCCCUCGAGAAAGUGUCAAAGAAUGAACCGCGAGCUCUCCACCUCAACAUCCACGGCGGCGGGUUCCUCGGAGGUCUCCCUGAAGGCAACACGCCGUUCUGUGAUCGAGUCGUGGCAGAGACCGGGGCGGUAGUGAUAUCAACCUCUCACCGAUAUUCCCCGCGGUAUACUUUCCCCGUUGCCCAUAGGGAUGUCCAAGAUGUAGCUGAAUGGUUGAUUGAAAACGCGGGAAGACUCUGGGACGCUGAUCCAAGACUGAUGAGUGUGAGUGGCUUCUCAACGGGAGGAAAUCUAGCCUUAGGCGUUGCGCAAUGGUUGGCCCGGUCGGAGUUCAACGUGAAGGCAGCGGUGAUGUUUUACGCACCCGUCGAUCUGAGGCUGUCACCGUGGGAAAAGCUGAAGCCGGCCAAAUAUCUAGAUAAGGAUCCUCUAGCUUUUGUUUUGCCCUUGAUGGACGCAUAUGCCGGUUUGGAGCGAGAGAAGUAUCGGGAUAGCCCUAUACUACAUCCCAUCCUGGCUGAUAUCGAGUCACUGCCACGGAAUAUGCUGUUCCUUUGUGCGGAGGUCGAUAUUCUUUUUCAUGAGCAGACAGUGUUUGUGAAUAGAUUGAAAGAUGAAGCUGCGGCCCUUAAUCGCGAAAUCGAGGGCCUACAAGAAGCAUCACAAGAUCAUCCAAGCAAUAGGGAAGACAAAGUGUCGCUAGCUUCAGAAAAUGAAGGAACUGUUCGACGCCCGUAUAACAUUGAGGGCAUGUUCUUCGACGAUCAGAUACAUGGAUGGAUUGAGUCAGCCGAGUAUCAUCACUUCAUCCCGCGGUUUCUCCUGCGCCAGUUCGCAGCUCUCGAACAACCGCCACCUGCGCGUCGUCGGAGAGGAAGAAGGCCACGCAGUCAAAGGCCACAAGGGCAGUCGCCCAAAGAUCCGUUCGUCAAUGCGGUAGACUUGAAGAAGAACGCCCUGGUCCAAGUGUCGGUAUCACGCGAGUUUGGACUAGUGGACAUGUACCGCGAUCAAGGCUACCCGAACCCGAGGCAUAUCGAGGAUAAUCUCGGAAAAUUGGAAGGUCAUGCUGGUAGAAUUAUCAAAAGAGCAUCAGAUACAUUCAAAGUCGGUGAUAAACUUGAAUUAACUCGCCGCGAAAGGGAUACUAUAAGGAAGUUCCUCUUCCUGAUGAAAUACCGAAACUCCACUUUCUAUGCUCGAUUCAACCAUGACAGCAUCACGACCUAUGAUUCUAAUGACAAACACCGUUUGGAGAGUUACAUGCGGGAAAAGGGGUUCAAAUCGCCUCGUGAUAUCUGGUACGCCAAUCUCAAGACUUUCUUGGAUCUAGAAAUGGAUCCAGGUAUGCAGUGGAUCAGCAAGGUUCACAAACAGGCAUUCCCGGACGAUGCAAUGAUGUUCAUUGAUCACAUGCAGGGCAAAUUCAUGGCAUUCUGUCAGCCUUCGUCAGAGGAAGACGAGUUCAUAUUGACCCAUAAUGCGUAUGGAGUCUUUGAGGGCCCUUCGGAUGUCCAGAUUGACCCCGCUACCGGGAGAGCAGUCGAAAAAGCAUACACGGAAUACCAUAACUUUGCACCGAUUUCUGCGAAACUCAUUAUCAUCUUGAGAAGCUCCUUGCUUGUAAACCCCUCUAAGGAAGGCGCAGAUGAUCUCCAGGCGGAGUGGGAAACUCUGCGAGAAAAUGUCAGAAACCAGCAUUUGUCUCCUGAUAAGGCCGUCUCGAUACUCAAAAGCCUUCCUAUCGAGAAGUGUGGAAACUCGUACUCAACUGUGGUCAAUGGGAAGCUUGUCUUGAAGCCGAACCGGGGCCCUCGGGCUGAAGACAGGUUCUAUUUUACCUGUUUUCGUAUAUCUUCCUACCAUGUCAAUUUGAUCAAUAAUAUCUUCCUCGAGCAGGCAACUAAAGGGGACACUAUAGUCUACAGAUCUAGAUCGGCUCUUGGGAGAACCCUCAAAUCGUAUCUCUUAAACGUUAGGGAGGGUUUCAAAGUGGUGACUGGUGAGGCCAAUGACCCUCACCUGGCAUUCCUAAAGAAGCUAGAGAAGAUUGCAGGGCAAUUAGCUGGGAAAGUCUGCCUUAAGUACAAGGUCAUCGCUCGCCCAAAGCCCGAGAUCCAUAUGUCCCAGUGGGUUGCACACCUAGUUGGGUUGAAGGUAAUGGCGUUGUCGGGCAAAUCAGACGUGCCAGAAUUGUACAAGUUCAUGAAAUCAGAUGGGGGAUUGGACUCAUAUUUUUAUGAUCUCAUGCAGUCGCAACUUAUGGUUUUUUUGAAGAUCAAGGUAGAUGUGAUUCUGAGCCAUUCCAAGUUAACACAAGAUGACAGGUUGGAAGUCAAGUAUCAGCUGCAGGAGCUAUACAUGACGUUCCCUGCACAGCGCGUCUGGCUUUACGUUAAAAUUAUGCGAAAUCUACCGAACUUCGACGAACGAGACUUCAAGAAGCCAAUCCGUGAGCUAGAGGUCAACGGGCCUGAGGAUGAUGUUGCGAAAUGUGAGUAUGCAUGA